AUGUCCGCCGCUGAAGAGGAAAUUAUCGCUGAAUCCGGUGACGAUCUCUUGGUCGGCGACCUUCUCGAAGGACUUAUCGAUGACCUCACGAGCUCCCCUGACCACCCUGCUGCGAAGAAGCCCUGCAUGGACCCCGGAGCCGGCCCUGCUAGCUUCAACUCCCCCUCUUCCUCCUCCGACUCGGCGCUGGCGCAGCCCGCGCCGUCUCCCGUGCUCCUCGCUGCUGCUGCUGCUCCCACGUCGACUCAGCAAGGCCCUGCGCCCUCUCUGGCAGCAACAGCUGCCGCUCCCAACGGCCCGGUUCUUCGCCCUGCUGCCUACGCAACGGUCGCCUCCGGCGCUAACCCGGCCCCCGCGCUGCCCGCCUCGCUCUUUGCCUCAUCCGCGCCCGGCGGAUCCCCCCGCAACCUCCGCCGCGCUCGCACUUCCGCAGCCACCCCGAUGCUCCUUCCCCUCCGCCGCCGCGUGGUAGUCACGCUCCUUCUCCCGGAGGCUGUGUUGGAGUCGCAUCGCACGGAAAUCCUCGCCGGGAUCAGCGCACAGCUAUGCGGCUUCAUGUUUGAUUCGGGCAUCAUCCCCCCCUUCGAGCACACCAUUGGCGAAUCCCUCCGCGUGGCUCGCCAUGCGUACGGCCGCCUGCUGUUCUCUUGGCCGUCACAGGAAGACGCGGCGGUUUUUCGCAAGAUUUUUCCCCUCAUGCUGAAAAUCUCCAACUCCCGCCCCGUCAUGUUGAAAGUUUUUGUUGAUCGGUCUGCAGUUUUUACCGCGGCAAAAGCAGCCGGCGCUCCUACCCUUUCCAUCCGAAACGUCCCCCUGGAGAUCGAUCCGGAGGAGCUUCGUGCCUUCCUCCUCGGGUCCACCGAGGAGGACGGUUCGCAUUGGCUCGCGGACCUGACUGAACUUCACCGCGCUUCCGAUCCCUACGAGAACACCUUUUUCACCCACCUCGCAGGGCUCCCGGUCGCCACCCCCGAUGACCCGAAUUUCGAACGUAUCCUGUCCGAAAUCCUGCUGGAGGAGAACCUACCAGCUAUGCUGCUCAAUUUCUCCUGCCACGUGUGCACGCUGUGCGGCAACAACCACCGCGCACCGGACCACGAGACCUUCGCUGCCCGCCGCCGAGGACGCCUCACGAACAAGAACACAAUCUCAAUUGCUCAGCUGCAGCAGGCAAAUGGCAACUCUUUGGGCAAUCAUGCCGCGCCGACCGCUUUCAGCAACGACCCCGGCCUCCUCUACAUUGGGCUGGGCGAUUGGGUCGAAUAUUGGACCUGCACUCUCUGCGACUUCACCUGCGGCGCUGCCCUCGACAGCGCCAUGGAGCAUAUCCAGUCCGACCUGCACGUCACCCGCGUCAAGGCCUCCGCUCACCGCCCGGCUGCCAAGGAAGAAUUUGGCCCUUGGCGCGCACUCACCCUGCUGCAGCAGAAGGCCCCGGUGGCUGCCUUCCUUCGUGGUCGCCCUUAG